AUGGCAGAACAAUACCCACCAAAAUGGGAAGGAGAAACAACAGUAGAAAUAAAAACACUCACACCCCAACAAGUGUGGGCCCUCAUAUCAGAUUUUGGGUCACUAGACAAAGUUCUUCCUCAUCUUGAUAAGUGUUCCAUUGUAGAAGGAACACCAGGAGAACCAGGUCUUACAAGGUGUUGUGAGUCCUCACUCUUUUCAGGUGGGACCCAAGUUCAAUAUGCUUAUGAAAAGCUUGUUAAGAUUGAUCCAUCUGAAAUGAGUCUUUCUUAUGAAAUUACUGAAAAUAAUGCUGGGUUUAAGUAUUACUUUUCAACCAUGAAAUUGUUUCCAAUUAAUGGUGGGGAUGAUGGAAAUAUUGGUACUAAAUUUGUUUGGUCUUUUGUAUGUGAUCCUCUUGAUGGGUUUACCCAACAAGUGUUUUGUGAGGCUAUUCAAGGUCUUGCUCAAGGAAUGGUCAAAAAAUUGGAAGGAAAUGCUUCCUAA